UGAAUGUACGUUGAAAUAUACAACAUGUCGCGACUUCCUGCGGCAUGCACAACUGAAUUAAAGUUGUCCGCGUAUGCAUCGUACCUUACCUUGCAGUGAAUAAUACACGCAAAAGCUCACAUGUGAUAUCCCAUAUUUAAGAGACGAGGAAUAAGCUAUUGAUUAAGCUUCGAUCUCAUACAAGCAACUCUAAAAAAGGCUCCCAAGUUCAUCAAUAUUCACGUGUAUUUCUCAUGCCCAAAAAAGAACUCCACUAUCUCAACUCAAUUCCCAUUCCCGACUCCGGUAAUGGUAGUAAUCCCGAAAGCAACGCCGAUGAUGAAUUGAUUAUUACCACCUUCAUCUCUUCUCAUCUACACCCACUCUAGAUCUCCAGACACGAAAUGUCCGAACAGAACGGAGUGCGUAUCACAUCAUGGAAUGUGAACGGCAUUCGGAAUCCUUUUGGAUACCAGCCAUGGAGGGAGAAGAGGACCUAUGCUGCCAUGUUCGACAUCCUCGAGGCUGACAUCGUUGUCAUGCAAGAAACCAAGAUACAGCGCAAGGAUCUACAGGACGACAUGGUACUAGUACCGGGCUGGGAUGUUCACUUCAGUCUUCCUAAACAUAAGAAAGGCUAUGCUGGUGUAGCCAUUUACACUCGAAACUCUGUGUGUACGCCUAUCAGAGCAGAGGAGGGAAUCACAGGGGUUCUAUGCCCACCCAGUUCCUCCACCAAGUUCCGGGAAUUGCCAUCAAAUCAGCAAAUAGGGGGCUAUCCGGAAGCUGGUCAACUUCUCGGCGUAGUCGAUGACACCACCCUUGAUUCCGAAGGGCGCUGUGUCAUCCUCGAGUUUCCGGCUUUUGUCCUAAUAGGCGUUUACAGCCCCGCUAAUCGCGAUGAAACUCGGGACGAUUUCAGGCUAGGCUAUCUUGACGCGUUAGAUGUCCGAAUACGUAACCUCAUAGCCAUGGGAAAGAGAGUGAUCUUGACGGGUGAUCUCAACGUUAUCCGAUCAUCUAUGGACACCGUCAAAUUGCCCGAGCGGCUAAAGAAGGAAGGAAUGUCGAUGGAGGAUUUCUUCUCCGGUCCAACCCGUCGCCUUUUCAACCAGCUUGUUUUCGACAGUGACGUGCAAAGCCCAAGGGACGAAAACAGAGAGACGCCAGUGCUAUGUGAUCUUAUUCGAGAACAUCAUCCUACGCGUGAGGGUAUGUUCACUUGUUGGGACAUGAAGAAGAAUUCGCGUCCUGCGAAUUUCGGCAGUAGAAUCGACUACGUUCUAUGUAGCGAAGACAUGCGAGACUGGUUCACACACGCAAAUAUCCAGGAGGGUCUUAUGGGAUCCGAUCACUGCCCAGUAUUCGCAAAGCUAGCUGACGUUGUGACGAUUGGCGGAGAGACAGUACACAUAAGGGACAUAUUGAAUCCGCCUGGGGUCUUUAAAGAUGGCAAUAGGCUCAGGGAGUGGACAGCGAAGGAUCUUUUACCUUUAUCAGCGAAACUUCUUCCGGAGUUCAACCACCGAAGAAGCAUCAAGGACAUGUUUAAGAAACCCGCAACUUCCAAGCCAAUCCCAGAAGCAACUAGUGAACCGUCAGGAAGCCCUAUAAUUCGUUCUUCUGGAGAGUUAGAAGAUGUCGCGAAAGAAGAUGGGAAAGUUGAUGGGCUCAGUAGCACUCCAGCUUCACAAUCUGAAACACCAGCAUCAGCGCCUGCGCCUUCACCGGCAAAAGCGGCUUCGAGUAGCCUCAAGCGUGCGUCCUCUAGCACGGCAUCGACGAGCAAGUCAUCGAAGAAGACAAAAGUGACGUUAACUAAGGAGACCUCUUCCAAGGGUCAAAGCAGUCUCAGGGGAUUCUUCACCCCUAGACCCACCGCUAUAUCGAGUAACGGUACGAACACGGGAGCGAAUAUAGGAACGAAUAUAAGAGGUGCUGUAGACGUUGAUGGGCCGAGCAGCUCUUUUGAUACGAAAGUGCCUGCAGAAUCCAAUGAGGUAGAUGAAGCCGUGCCAACUCCUGACCCAGUUGAUUCGGGAAAGGUAUUCGAUCCUAUUGUGUCCAAGGAGUCCUGGUCCAAGUUGCUUGGCAAAAGAGUUGUGCCGAAAUGCGAGCAUGGAGAUGAUUGCGUCAGCUUGGUGACCAAGAAGCCGGGCGUAAAUCAAGGCAGGGCAUUCUUCGUCUGCCCUCGGCCAAUUGGGCCUUCGGGCGAGAAGGAAAAGGGAACUCAGUGGCGUUGCGCGACGUUCAUAUGGAGUAGUGAUUGGACCAGUUCUCAGGCAGCAUGAGAAUCUAUCUACGGCGAUAGGUAGUGUACAAUAGAUAGGGCCUUGAUAAGUGUGUAUAAUCACAUAAAGCAGUGAUUGAUAGUUUUUGCUUGU